CAAUUUCUUUUCAUACCUGCAGAAGCAAAGGACAGACUUUGUUCCAAAGCAACCUGACCCAACACCUGUUGCUCCAUCGCCACCUCAGACACCGAUUCCCGUUCCUCUCCCUCCCAGCAUUCCAGCACCUGUCCCUGUUCCUGUGCCAAAGGUACCUGGAGCCAUCAGCCGCCAGAGCAGCACGUCAAGUGAUGGUGGGCGAGAUGCACAAAGGCAAAAACCACCUCCUGUAGAUCGAAGGAAAUCUCAGAUGGAAGAAGUCCAGGAUGAACUCAUUCACCGACUCACCAUUGGCCGGAGUGCUGCCCAAAAGAAAUUCCAUGUGCCACGCUCUAACGCCCCAGUAGUCAACAUCAACUAUGACUCCUCUCCAGAAGAUGUGAAAAUGUGGCUACAGGCCAAAGGAUUCAACUCAGUGACUGUCAACAGCCUUGGUGUUUUGACUGGUGCUCAGCUGUUCUCUCUCAACAAAGAUGAGUUAAAAUCAGUGUGUCCUGAAGGAGCUAGAGUCUACAGCCAAAUUACUGUUCAGAAAGCUACACUGGAGGUAUGUACAGAGGCUUUUUCCCCCUGCAUAAAUUAUCCAUACUUUAUUUGUAGAAAGUUGAUGUCUUUUCACAAAGCAUGGAAUGAGCGAAGUAAUAGAUGUUGCAAGUAAUGAGUUAGAACUAACACAAUUACUUCAUAACUAGCUACUUUUGUAUCAGUGCUACCUCUAACUUACUACUUUUUGUAUUAGAGGAGAAUAAAAUUACAUUCCCAAAGUAUUACUUUUAAAAAGUAACUUUCCAUGCUCUGUAAGGUAGUUGCUACACAGGUUUCAGGAAACUCAGAUGUUUCUGUACCUAGGCAUGAUGCAAUGCAAGUGUGAGUGCAUUCUUGAAAGCAGGGUACUAUUAUUCUGCUCACAUAUAGAUGUAAAUACUAAACCCUAGAUUAAUAUUAAAAGAACAAGCCAAGACAAACCUAGUGGCCCUUCUCCAAUAAUACAGACAUAAGGAGAUCAGAACCUUCUCAUUUAU